AUGCAUCAAAACGCAAAACAGGUCAAUUCACGUGAGUACUCUCAUUGGCGAAGGACUGGGGUCGCCUUUGAGCCUCGAUCAAGUUCGAGCUAUUCCGUCAGCAACAGAAGCCUUGUGUCACCCCGACAUAUCGCUAGCCCUUUCAUCUCCUCGGAUAACCGCAGCCUCUGCUGGGGAUACUGGGGUGAUCUUGUAGUCUCACCCUAUAUGUGCUUUGGUAUCGACACCAUGGCUUGCCCAGAGCUGGGCAAGCCUGUAAAUGGUCGUCUUCUUUAUGGUGCAGCAACGGUAGCGGAGGUUACAAUUCGUCGGCUCUUUUGGCAAAUGAUUCAUGGUAAAGAUUGUCCGAAAGUGGUUUUAAUGCCUGAUUUUACGGAGAAAGAGCAGUAUAAUAAAUCUAAGGCUAUUAAAUUGACAAACGAUAGAAUCUGCCAGGACAAGGAAGAAAUUAAUGAUGAUGAGAAAGGGGCAUCUAACGAAGAAAAUGUAAGUGCAGACGAAGAAAUAGUUGAUAAAAAAUCAAAUGAAAUUGAAAAUGAUAGCUUACAGUCAGAAUAUGCUAAAGAUAAAUCUAAAAUGAGUGAGAAAGAAUUUUUCCGCGACGGAGAUAAGAUGAUAGAAAAACAAGGAGCAAAGAAUAUAAACGAGUUGGAAAAUAGAGGGAAUGAAGAUAUAUCCAUGAGUGAGAAUGAAACGAAAGUUCUGGAUGACAAAACUGCUUUGGCUGGUGAAGUUGGAGAAUCUUGCAAAUAUGCAACAAAGGGAGACGAAAUAAAAUCCUUUAACGAACAGGAGGAACUCAUGUUUGAAUCUCCUAUGGCCUCCUCGAGUGGACAGAAAAGCUCAAACGAUAUUCAAGACCAAAAUCAAGACAGCUUGCAAGAUAUUGUCAUUCAGUCUCCUCAUGCUGUUCUGGAAGAUGUAAUUGAAUUAAAAAAUCAAUGCAAUCAGUCAGCUAGCAGCAUUCGAGCUGAAGAAAUUAAUGAAGACCCGAAAGCACUUGAAAGUAGCAGUGAUUUGGACCUGAAUAAGGCUAGAGAGUUUGAUGAAGGGUCCAUGCUUGAGCAAUCAAUCGCAAUAUCAUCGAAACUUCAAGAAGCAGAACCAGCGAGCAAGUCGCAUGCUUCUAGCCCGACCAACAGCCCAACAAGCUUGAGUAAGACAAGGAAACCCAAGCCAUAA